UUCGUUAUCAUAAUAAAACAUAGUUCAAGGAUUAUCAAGUGUUUUCAAAAUGGAUUUCAAAAUAAAAAGAAAGUCUGUGAAAUCUGCAGUGACAGGAAGUCGCAUAGAAACAUAUCCCCAUGAUUUACAAAUGUAUAAAGUUCCCCCUAUUGAAGAUAUAAGCUUGCAAGAAUUUGAAACUUUAGCUUUAGAGAGGCUUACAUUAUUAAGAACAUUAGCUACUGCAACUACUUUAAAAGGUCUGCGAAUGUAUUCUGAUGAAUGGAACGAAUUCGUUAUAAGUGAAUUACGGAACCAAGGAAUAAAGUACUAUGUUAGGUUGUGUGAAAAAUCCGCUUGUGGCAUAUCAGAAGUAGAUUUAGAAGCAAGACGCAAAGAUCAUAUAGCUCAUUUUAUACUUCGACUUGCCUAUUGCAGAACUGAAGAACUCAGGCGUUGGUUUAUUUCACGGGAAUUAGAAUUAUUCAGGAUGCGGUUUAUGACCAUGAACAGUGAUGCUGUUGAUAAAUUUUUCACCCUAAACCAUCUGUAUUAUACAAAUAUAUCUGAUGAAGAAAAAAAUGAAGUUAUUAUAAAUCUAAGGGAAUCAACCCACCAUCAAAACAUUGAUAAUAUGAAAUUUUACAAAGUAAAAUUUUAUGAAGUUCUUGAUUUAGUCAGAGCUAGGAAGGUUUAUAUAAAAGGAGGGUAUGCAUACAUUCCACAUAAAGACUUCAUAUCUGUAUUAACAGCACAAUAUAGAGCACACUUAAAACAAAGUCUUGCAAUUGCAUACCAUCAUUUAAGUGAAAUAGAACAGGAUGAAAGAUUAGUUUGUUUAUUGAAGGGAUUGCAUCAGUCUUAUGCAGGAAAUGACUAUAGUGAUUCUAAAGCUGCUAUUCCCAUUGAAAGUAUUGAUUCACUCUCAGUUAAGUCAUUCCCAUUAUGUAUGCGCCAACUGCAUGAGAAUCUAAGAUCAGCUCAUCAUUUGAAACAUGGAGGCAGAUUUCAGUAUGGUUUGUUCCUUAAGGGCAUAGGGGUGACCUUAGAAGACUCCUUAAAGUUCUGGCGGGAUGAAUUCACAAAGAUAAUGGAUUUAGAUAAGUUUGAAAAGCAGUAUGCUUAUAAUGUCAGAUUCAAUUAUGGUAAAGAGGGUAGUAAAAAGAAUUACUCCCCAUUAAAUUGCUUAAGAAUUAUUAAUGGCAAUGUGGGUCCUGGUGAUUGCCAUGGCUGUCCAUUUAAACACUGUGAUGCAAGUAAUUUAAAAAACAAAUUAAAAGGAUAUGGAUAUGAUGGUCAAGCAAUCAAUGAAGUUGUGGAAAUGGCAAAGAAAGGUCAUUAUCAAAUAGCAUGCAGUAAAUACUUUGAUGCAGUGCACAACUCUGAUCUUGGUUUAGGGAUAAAUCACCCCAACCAGUACUUUGAGGAAAGUCAAAAAAUAGUUAAAGGCGGCAUAAAAUUGGAACCGAAAAAGGAAAGCAAACCUAUCAUCAAGAAUGAGCAAAGCAAUAUAGAAGAAAUGGACUUGGAUGAAAAUUUUUAAUAAAAUACUUAUACAUGAUA